ACACAAGCCACGCACAUCCUCAGGCGAUAAUCCCCAUUAGCUGUGACAGCACCCAAAACAAAAAACAAAAGAAAAGAGAGCAAAUCUUACGCUUCUUCAUGGACUCGUCUCCAAACGAUGGCGUAUACCAACCGCUUCUCUACCCUCCGACUGGUGGAACGGCACCGCUUUCUCCAUCGACGGAGUCAAGCAACGGCGAGCUAGAGAGAGUGCUUUCCGACGUUGAAACUCCCGUGUUUUCCCGUCUGCGUAAAGCCACGAUGAUUGAAUCCAAGCUGCUCUUCAAGCUUGCUGCGCCUGCGGUCAUCGUCUUCGUCUACAUGAUAAACUACCUCAUGUCCAUGUCCACUCAAAUCUUCUCUGGCCAUCUAGGUAACCUAGAACUCGCUGCCGCUUCUCUCGGUAACACUGGAAUCCAAAUCUUUGCUUACGGUCUCAUGCUAGGAAUGGGUAGUGCGGUAGAGACGUUGUGUGGUCAAGCGUUUGGAGGUCGAAAAUACGAGAUGCUUGGCAUUUAUCUCCAGAGAUCCACCGUCUUGCUUACUCUCACGGGCCUUCUCCUAACGUUGAUCUACGUCUUCUCCAAACCCAUUUUGGUUUUCCUCGGAGAGUCGCCUGAGAUAGCUUCUGCCGCGUCUAUCUUUGUAUACGGCUUAAUCCCUCAAAUCUUUGUCUACGCCGUAAACUUCCCUAUCCAAAAGUUCCUCCAGGCGCAAAGCAUCGUGGCGCCGAGUGCUUACAUCUCUACGGCCACUCUCUUCGUUCACCUUCUCUUAAGCUGGCUCGCUGUUUACAAGCUAGAGAUGGGGCUUCUUGGAGCGUCGCUUGUGCUCAGCCUCUCGUGGUGGAUUAUAGUGGUGGCUCAGUUUGUUUAUAUCGUGACGAGUGAACGAUGUCGUGAGACGUGGAGAGGGUUUAGUGUCCAAGCGUUCUCGGGGUUACCGAGUUUCUUCAAACUCUCUGCCGCCUCCGCCGUGAUGCUCUGCCUUGAGACUUGGUAUUUUCAGAUCUUGGUUCUUCUUGCCGGACUUCUCGAGAAUCCAGAGCUUGCUCUUGAUUCUCUCUCCAUUUGCAUGACGAUUUCAGGAUGGGUGUUCAUGAUAUCUGUUGGGUUCAAUGCAGCCAUAAGUGUAAGAGUGAGUAAUGAACUUGGAGCUGGAAACCCUAAAUCAGCAGCGUUUUCUGUAAUCAUCGUCAACAUAUAUUCCUUAAUCACAAGUGUGAUCUUAGCCAUUGUUAUUUUGGCAUGCCGUGACGUCUUGAGUUAUGCGUUCACUGAGGGUGAAAAAGUCUCGGCUGCGGUUUCUGAUCUUUGUCCGCUUCUUGCCUUGACGCUUGUUCUCAAUGGAAUCCAACCCGUUUUUUCUGGUGUGGCGGUUGGAUGCGGUUGGCAAGCGUUUGUGGCGAAAGUUAAUGUUGGAUGUUAUUACAUUGUCGGAAUUCCUCUUGGGAUUCUCUUUGGGUUUUACUUCAAGUUCAAUGCCAAGGGUAUAUGGACAGGAAUGAUAUGUGGUACCCUUAUACAAACCGUUAUUUUAGUGUGGGUAACGUUUCGAACAGACUGGACAAAAGAGGUGGAAGAAGCUUCUAAAAGGUUAGACAAAUGGAGCAACAAGAAACGUGAAGUGGUUCCCCAAUAAUGCAAGUUGAUGUGAAUUUGGUAUCCAGUGAACCGAUUGGAUUCAUUGGUGUGUGAAAACCGAUGCGAAUGCUCAAGUACCUCAAGAUAAUCCAUGUAAUGGGUACCAUAGUUAUCGUGAUCAGUCGUUUCAUUGAUUAAUAUGCUUUGCUUGCUUAUAAUAAAAACAGGUGGUAAUAUACUCAUAUAUUUUGUAUCGCAGAUUGAAACAGUUACUGUUUUGUUAUUACUGUUGAUUUGCAUAUGCCUCUCCAAAUUCCUAAUUUCUUAUA